AUGCCUCGCCCAAGAAACACCGUUGCCUCUACCAGAGCCAACCGAAACGAAACGAACAAUGAUGAUACCAACCGAAAUGAAGCGAAUACCAAUACUGAACGAGAGAACCGACAGAACCCCAUCCUUAUUGAUGGAGAUGAGAAUGAAGAACAACGCAUGAUGACCUUGGAGGAGUUCUUGCAAUAUGCCUCUGAGGAGCCAGAAUGGUUGUAUGAGAAGCUCCAAGCAACUCAUCAACGAUAUGAUGACAGUCUUGAUGACCAUAAGGUCCGGCUUGCUGAAGAAGAGCUCCGAGGACAAACCAAGGAUGGAGAAAUUGCGCUUCUGCGCCGUGAAACAGAAGAGAUGAAGGGACAACUCCAAGAUAUCAAGAAGCAACUUACUGAUGUGACUGCUGAACGUGACGCAUUUGGGAGCCAAAUUGCCCGACUGGUGAUGGACAGUGCCAGUGGCCGUCGAGCCUCUCCAAUGCCCAUCAACAGCAAAUCCACCAAGAUCCCAGAUCCCCCAAUGCUUACUGAUGGAAAGGAGCCCCGAUUUGAAGACUGGCUGCUCCUGAUGUCUCAGAAGCUUACUGCUAAUGCAGACCACUUUGACACUUCCCAACUUCGUAUAGCAUACGUGGCUAGUCGAUGUGAUGGUAAAGCUCGGAAACACAUCACUCCACGCAUGUGA